GACUCGCCACUUGUGACGUACUACUUGAGAAUAAGAGAGUCUUGCGUUGAAUCGUAAAGAUUGCAAAAUAAAAGUAAAUCGAGUAGUCAUUCAGUCGCGCUACAAUCUCGAAUCUCUAUCAACGACAGAAAUGCUCGAGUGUCAAUUUCUUGCGCUUCGUGUUCAGCUAAAAAGAACGAACUUACACGGACAGUCGUAGACGGUGGUAGGCCAGAGUGUAACAUGGCGGCGUGUAAUGCAAGUUGUUUUUAACUUCAUCCUUUAUGAAUAAUCAGAGUCUGCUUGCGUUCGAGAAAACUUGUGAUACUUUGCGAGCGAUUGCGGAAGUACCAACGACGUGAAGGAAGGGACUUAAACAUGAAUUACAAUCAUUCGAACGCUCGCCGAGGAAAGCCAAAGAGAUUGCUGGAUCCAUCGGCUGCUUUAUCAGCAGCUCCUCUAACUACUCCUCCAAUGUCGCAGAAUUUGUAUGUGUACAAUCAGCAGGUACCAGUGAACAACGGUGCGAUGCCGGAAUAUGGCUUCAACGUGUCUGGACAGACACCACCUCCAUAUGGAUUUCAUUCGCCGAUGCCAAAUUAUCCACAGAAUGAUAAUCAAGGAGGGGAAUUUGCAACUUCGCAAUUUGCGACGCAGUUGUUGGCUCAACCAGUUGUCACAAACAUGGCAGUAGAGUAUGGAAAUGCAUUGGUCGGCUCUGGGAAGCAGCAUCUUGAAAAAUAUGUUCCAAUUACAGCAUUGAAAUAUUACUUUGCUGUAAAUACGGAUUAUGUGUUUGCAAAACUGAUGCUGUUAUUCUUCCCAUUCACGCAUAAGGACUGGUCUGUAAAGUACGAGCAAGAUGUACCAUUGCAACCACGAUAUGAAAAGAAUGCACCCGAUAUGUAUAUUCCUACAAUGGCAUUUUUCACAUAUGUCGCUAUGGCAGGAUUAGUUUUAGGCACACAAGGGCGCUUUACUCACGAACAAUUAGGUAUUCUGGCUAGUUCCGCUCUUGCUUGGGGUUUCAUUGAAUUGAUCGUUCAUAUUGUAAGUUUGUAUGUGAUGAAUCUUCAAACGAGUCUGGCAACGUUAGAUUUAUUGGCAUACUGCGGCUACAAAUACGUCGGUAUCAAUGCGGCCCUAUUGUCAUCGUUGUUGUUUCGGAAAUUCGGUUACUUUGUGACUCUAUUGUACUUCAGUGUCUCUCUAGCUUUCUUCCUGAUGCGAUCGUUAAAAUUAAGAGUCAUUCCACAAGGCCAUAGUUCGUACACAGCUUCCGGCAAUAAAAGGCGACUUUAUUUUAUACUGUUUCUAGCUGGCAUACAACCAUUUCUAAUGUGGUGGUUGUCAUAUCAUUUAAUCUAAAUAUGACGCGAGAAAAAAUCUAUCAAACGUACAGCCAGGGGAAGGAAACGUGUGUAUAUUUAUUAUUUGGUUCUUAAUAUCACCUGUACAUUUUUUGUAAUAAAAUUCGAAUAUAAUAUCA